GGGGGUCUGGCAGUUGUGUGGCUAUGGCAUUCUCCUAUCUCAGUCACAUUGGCUCACUCUCAGUCUUCGGAUCAGGAAGGACGGAUCACAGAGGCCCGGGAUCUCUACAACCAGAGGGGAGGAUGGUUGCUCCUCUAUUUCUAUAAACCCCUGGUGGACCUUCCAGCCAUACCUAUACAGAUCUUCUCCCAGGAGGAAACAAAGGAUCAAAUCCUGAGAUUCGGAAUAAUGGAGACGAGGUGUCUGAAGGCGGGGGGAGGUGACGCAGCGCAAUGUGAAUUUAAACCGGAUGGGGAAGUUAAAAUCUGUGAUCUGAACCUGAGAGCAACCGGCAAAGAGAACCUGCAGUGUGACAACAUAACCAGGAUUUCAAGGAUGAGACGCCCUGGUAGACGACCCGGAAGACCCCCGGCAUACCCCGCCUUCCAGGUUCUAACAACCCCAUUGGAUCUUUACCGAGCAGAAAAGAGCUGGCCGUCCCUCAAU